ACAGUGAGGGAGGAGAUUUUUCGCAUUCGUCGAAAAAAUUUGGCGGGGGUUUCGAAUACUUUUUUCGCAAAAAUUUUCGGUCAGCCGUGCGCGAAAUUCGACCAAGUAACCGGUGGAAAAUGAAGGAGACCAAUGGGAUGCAUUGCAGGGAGGAGGAGAAGAAGGAAUUGACUAAAAAAGGUCAUGAAAACUGCACCUUCCACCACGACUUGGAAUUGGACCAUCGACCGCCCACGAGGGAGGCCAUGCUGCCCGAAAUGUCCAGAUCCUACAAGCUGCUCCUGGCCUCUUUGGGCGAGAAUCCUGAACGACAAGGACUCCUGAAAACCCCCGAACGCGCCGCCAAAGCCAUGCUCUUCUUUACCAAGGGCUACGACCAAAGCCUGGAAGAGGUACUGAACGACGCCAUCUUCGACGAGGACCACGACGAGAUGGUGGUGGUGAAAGACAUCGAGAUGUUCUCGAUGUGCGAGCACCACCUGGUGCCCUUCUACGGCAAGGUCUCCAUCGGCUACCUGCCGUGCGGGAAGAUUCUGGGCCUCAGCAAAUUGGCGAGAAUAGUCGAAAUCUACUCCAGAAGGUUGCAGGUGCAGGAAAGAUUGACCAAGCAGAUCGCGGUCGCCGUCACCAAGGCGGUGCAACCUGCUGGUGUCGCAGUCAUUGUGGAAGGAACUCACAUGUGCAUGGUGAUGAGAGGUGUGCAGAAAAUCAAUAGCAAGACCGUCACGUCGACAAUGCUGGGAGUUUUUCGAGAUGAUCCGAAAACCAGGGAGGAAUUUUUGAAUCUAGUGCAAUCUAAGUAAAUAAGUUUAGAUGCUCUCGUUUCUAACGAAAUUGGUUUUUUUUUGUUCUCAGUGAUUGUUAACUUAUUGUUUCGAAAAUGGUUCAGUUUGCGGUUCUACGGUUAAAUUAUUUAUUGUUAGUUUAAAUUAAGUUGAAAUUUUUGUUGCUAAUUUUUACCAGUGAAAAUUUAACAACAAUCAAAAUUAGGUUAAUAAAUGGUGUAGAAAUUAGUGGAUUAUUGUAAAAUUUUUAUCUAUUUUUUAAUAGGGUUUAUUGUUUCGUAAAUUUUAUAGGUAAGUUUAACUUAUUUAAACGAAGUACUUAAUGAUAAAGGACCACUAUAUAAAAAUAAAUAUAUAAUCUAUUGUUGUGAAGACUAUAAAUAUAUAAAAAAGAUAUAUGUAUAUUUACGUAAAUUGUUGUUAUAUGUUACUGUGAUAUAUCUGUGUAUAUAUCUAUUAUAUUUUAUUUGUUACAUAUUCUGAAAAAUUCUAUUUAAAUGCCUAUACUGUUAUAAUUGUUUGAUUAUUUUAAAUAAGAGGAACAAUGAUUUAGGGCAAAAAUAUUGUGUAAAAUCAAUCAGUAAGAAUAACAUAUUCUACAAAAUAUUAACGUUUGACCAAAAUAAUAUAUAAAUACAAAUUUUAUUUAAUGUUACAAUAAUUACAGUAUUUUUGUAUUCUAUAUUGAGAUUAUGUAUUUUGUCUAUAAACUUUAAUAGCAAUUAAGGACAAACGAAAUAUUAAAUAUCCA